AUGCAACCGAUCCCCAAGUUCGUCUGGCAUCUUAUGCAGACCUGGAAAUGGCUUCCAUCAAGGCUCAACCGUCUGACGGACAAGGAUCUAAUUGCCUGUCUCUCUAAGGCAGGCUUUACACUACCUCCACCAUUUCCAUCGUUUGGGUCACCAAUACAAUCUCUUUACGAUGCCUGCGAAGCCGGGUCUAUAGCCGAAGCACAAAAGCGUCUGCAAGAAGAGCGGGAGGAUGUUGAUAUGCUGGGACCAAGAAACCGAACUCCCUUACAUGCAGCCGCGCAUCAGGGCCACCUAGAUAUUGUUAAGCUACUUGUAGACUACGGUGCCGGCAUAAUGGCUACCACCUUCUUUGGCAGCACAGCAGAGAAGCUUGCAGAGAAAUAUCAUCAUCCAGCAGUUGUAGCGUUCUUAGAAGCAGCUCGGCGGGAAUAUAAGAAGGGAUCAAAAUGUAAUGCUGAGUAA